AGCUUUUAUAUAAGUUGAUUUCUUCCGAUCUCUCUCCCUAUUUCUAUGUCUAUGAGCUAAUCGUACAGACAAAACGGGUUCAAGAAGUAGGGUUCUCAAGACAAAACCGUGUCUCGCUCUGUGUCUUCGAUCAAGAAUAUGGAAGAAGCAACGUUAGGUAUGAUCGGACCCACAGUAGGCGGAGGAGACGGAGAAGCAGCCGUGGCGGCGGAGCAGAAUAGACAAAUGAAAGGUGAGAUAGCGUCACAUCCCAUGUACGAGCAAUUAUUGGCCGCACACGUGGCAUGUCUGAGAGUGGCAACUCCUAUCGAUCAGCUUCCGAUCAUUGAAGCUCAGCUUUCUCACUCUCAUCGUCUUCUCCGUUCUUAUGCUUCCAUAGCCAUUGGAUUCUCGCAUCACGAUCGUCAAGAGCUCGACAAUUUCUUGGUACAGUAUGUAAUGGUGUUGUGUAGCUUCAAAGAACAGCUUCAACAACACGUGAGGGUUCAUGCCGUCGAAGCUGUGAUGGCUUGCCGUGAAAUUGAGAAUAACCUCCAUUCUCUCACAGGAGCUACAUUAGGAGAAGGGUCCGGUGCGACGAUGUCCGAGGACGAGGAAGAUCUCCACAUGGAUUUCUCAUCGGAUACUUCCGGCGUUGGUUUUAGCGGCGGACACGAUAUGACGGGAUUUGGUCCAUUGCUUCCGACUGAAUCUGAAAGAUCUCUUAUGGAAAGAGUCAGACAAGAACUUAAACUCGAACUUAAACAGGGUUUUAAAUCGAGAAUUGAAGAUGUAAGAGAAGAGAUAAUGAGGAAAAGAAGGGCUGGGAAAUUGCCUGGAGACACAACCACUGUCUUGAAAAAUUGGUGGCAACAACAUUGCAAGUGGCCUUACCCUACUGAAGACGACAAGGCAAAAUUGGUGGAGGAGACAGGAUUACAGUUGAAGCAAAUCAACAAUUGGUUCAUUAAUCAACGCAAGAGGAACUGGCACAACAACUCUCAUUCCCUCACUUCCUUGAAGUCCAAGCGCAAACACUAAUCUCUUCUUACUAAUUAGUAUAUAGUUACCACUAUAGUUUCAUAUACGAACUAGUUACAUUGCGAAUGCUGUUCAUGUAUUUGGUAAUAACGAGGUGUGAUUAUCAAUAUCAUAUACUCACUUUAACUUAUUUUACAUCGCAACUACUAAAUGGUUUCUGCUUUGAA